AAAGAAAAAGUUAAUUUGUAUACCCAAUGAGGGGUUUUACAUUUCUUGGUAGAUGACAGAACUGAAGAGAGGAGAAAAAGAGAAGAGAAUGUCAGGGUUGAAGGGAUUGGUGAAGAAAGGGUUGGGUUUGGGGGACAUGGCGUUCAACGCCGGCGGGGGAGCCAUUAACUGGUUCCCCGGACACAUGGCAGCAGCAACACGAGCCAUCUGUCACCGCCUUAAACUCUCCGACCUCGUCAUCGAAGUCAGAGACGCUCGCAUUCCCUUAUCCUCCGCUAACUCCACUCUUCAGCCUCUCCUCUCCGGAAAACGACGCGUCGUCGCUCUCAAUAAGAAGGACUUGGCCAACCCUAACAUCAUGCAUAAAUGGAGGCAUUAUUUUGAGACGUGCAAGCAGGAUUGCGUUCCUAUAAACGCUCACAGCAAGAGUUCGGUUCAGAAGCUUCUAGAACUGGUGGAGGUGAAAUUGAAGGAGGUGAUUCGCAAAGAACCUACUCUACUUGUGAUGGUCGUUGGGGUUCCUAAUGUUGGCAAAUCUGCUCUCAUCAACUCUAUUCAUCAAAUUGCGCUCUCUCGAUUUCCUGUGCAGGAAAAGAGGAAGCGUGCUGCUGUGGGUCCUCUGCCUGGUGUUACUCAAGACAUUGCAGGAUUCAAGAUAGCACAUAAACCGAGCAUAUAUGUCCUAGAUACCCCAGGGGUUCUGGUUCCUAGUAUCUCAGACAUAGAGACAGGGUUAAAGCUGGCUCUUGCAGGGUCAGUGAAAGAUUCAGUAGUGGGUGAGGAGCGUAUUGCUCAGUACUUAUUGGCAGUUUUGGAUACCCGGGGGACGCCACUUCACUGGAAGCACCUAAAUAACAGGAGAAUAAAUGGGAUUGAAUAUGAAGCUGCGGAAAAUCAUGAAUAUAGUCUGAAAAAUCUUAAGCCAAAGAGAAGAAAUUUACCAAAUAGAUCUGACUUGGUAUAUGUUGAGGAUCUUGUAAUGGAAGUUCAGCAUGCGCUCUAUUCAACUCUCACAGAAUUUAAUGGUAAUGUAGAAGAUGAGAAUGACUUAGAGAGCCUUAUUGACCUGCAAUUUGGUGCACUACAGAAGGCAUUGAAGAUACCUCACAAGGCUUCAGAAGCGCGGUUAAUGGUAUCCAAGAAGUUCCUUACUCUAUUCAGGACUGGUAAGCUUGGACCUUUUAUUCUUGAUGAUGUUCCGGAUGUCAAGCCUGUAUCAUCAAUGAUAUAUUGAAUCUUCCUUUUUUUUUUUCCUCUUCUUGAGUAUUAGAUCUCCUACCUUUCGCCCUCUUCCAUUUGUGCCAUAUAUAUUAUAUAGCUAUCCAAAUUUGCUGUUACUUGCAAAUAGGGAUGAAUUUAGAAUGGGAUUGAACUUUUUUCCGGUGGACGUGGGUGAUAUGCCAGCAUUAAGUGGCCCGUCUUUUGACAAAAGAAGGUAGUUCAAUGAGUCUUGGCAAGUUUGGCACCUAAUACCUUAUAUCAUUAGCAUGGAGUUCAAAGCCUGUAAAACUUGAGUGUUUUGAAUGAGAUGUUUUAAGCGAGUAAUUUAAUUUUUGAAAGAAU